UCAUAGUUCCGACAAUCCCCGCCCUCUCGAGUGGAUUGGCUUGCGGGGAAAUUCGAUGCUCAACGAUUGGAUAGUUGAGAAGUCGUUCAUGUAGCCGUUAAGAACCUGACUGGAAAGUGACACCGCGUAGAAGACAAAGCUAGCGCAAAUAACGAUGUGUUUAACGUUCAUUAAUGUAGUUAUUACAUAAUAGACAAACUAUAAGACAUUUAUAACGUUAUGAAAUUAUAAAGACACUGAUCAUUGAGAAAACAAAAACGCUGUACGGUUCGCGGAGGGUGUGUUCGGUGUGGAAUGAAUACAGUUCAGGUCUCGUGUACUGCACCGUGUAACUGUGCGCGUGUUUUGCGUGACGGGGACGAACAGCGCCUCUGAGCGCCGUAACGCACCGAGACCGAGUUUGUGUAUUAGGCACGUGAGGAGGAAGACUAUGAGCAAGAAGUUGAAGGAUGAAGAGCACAUGAGAGGAAUGGCCAAAUUGAAAGGCAAACGGAGAGAGAGAUCAGAGUCGGAGAGGGACUCUGGCUUCUCAGACGCCAGCUCUGAGCAUAUGAGUGCCAUUGAUCAGACAGACCCGGACGAGGCUUCAUGUUCUGUGGGAUCCUCAGGGUCUGGAUCACAACCUUCUCAACUGGCUGCUGUGGUAGGGGGCGGGGCUCUGCAGGGUCUUUCACCAAUGAUCAUCAUGAAUAAUGUCGUUCUGAAACAGUCUGGUGAGAACCCUUCAUCUUUAAAACCCUGGAGCUUCAGUCCAGCUGUUGAGAUGGUUCAGCAACCUCAGGUCGUCUUCCUCCAACCCAUGAUUCCCCAAAAAACCGCUGCAGUGUCAAAGGGACCUCCUUCCAAACGGCGUCUACACAAAAAGUACCUACCCAUCCUCAAAUCCUACCCCAAAAUUGCCCCUCACCCGGGAGAAAAUCCAAAGAAGGGAAGCAGCACCGGUAGCAGAUCCACGUCCAGCUCCAGUUCCUCUCAGAGAGACGUGGGACACAGCGAGUCCUCUGAUGCGCCAGCCGUGGCAACGUUACCCAGCUCCUUGCCUGCAGCCGCACCUACCCACAAAGCCUCCGCUAAUUCAGGUGAUAGUAGCUCUCUGCAUGGCGAACGACAGACGAGCGCGAGAAGCUCCGAAUCCACAGAUGACUGUCCUGACCCGACCUCACGGGCGCUCGCUCCUAGUUCACGAUGCGUUUCUGCCAGUGGCACGGACAAUAAGUUAAAGCGAUUCUGUAACACCUACAAUAUUCUCAGUAAGUCAGGGCUGUUGGACAUCACGUUACGCACGAAAGAGUUAAUUCGGCAAAACCGACGGACACAGAGCGAGCUGGAGCGGCUGCGUGAACACGCUAACCUGUAUGUAGCCGCUCUUCAGACGGGAGAUUCUGCAAUCUGGAGCAGGCUGCAGAUGAGCGUGAUGGAGGAGAACUGAACAUCAUGACAGACUCUUCACUGACGACACACAGAAAACGUGGACACGAUGAGCUUAUAAAGCUGUCUGUUCUCAAUGUUCGUCAAAAAAACAAUGCACCUUGUGAUUGUUGGAUUUAAUGCGUGUUAAACUUUGAUCUAAUAAUAAGAAUAUUAUAGCAGUUAUCCAAGUGAUACGAGCGUAGCUCCAGACUUAAGGUCAAACCAAACCAAUACCUGGUUUAAUAACUUGUUAGAUGAUGGUGUAGUUUGUACAGAUUCACGUCCAAAUGCUUUAGCUUUAACCCAUACAGUAAUAAGCUAUGUUGUGUUUAAGGCGUCAUCUGUUUUUGAUGUACGAGGUUGAACUUAAUCCUUUCUAAACGUAAAUGUCUAUUAGAUCUUAUUCAUAUAAGUUUCUCUUUAGUAACAUAACAUUCAGCUUAAUGCAUGAAUGAUGUUGUAAAGUAUUUACACAGGAAAUGAUUCUUGUGUUUUUUCUAAAUGAUGUCUGUUGACGCUGUUUCUAAAACCCAAUGACAUCUCUAUAAACCCAUACUGUAUGAAUCCAUUAUACCUGCUCUCCUAAUACAACAUUUCUUGAUUAAUGAUUUUGUUUUUUACCAAGAGACCAGAUUGUAAGGCAGCGUUGCAUGUGUCCCCAACAGAGUGGGCUAUCCCAGAAUGCUUUGCAGCAAGCUAAACGUUACAAUCUAUCAGCAGCUUGGCUUGUUUCUCUGGAGUCUGAAGAUGAUCAUCCUCAUGAUCUUUAGUUCAGUGUCAACUACAAAUAAAUUUCAUUUAGUCCUGAAAAAUUGGAGAAACUGAAACAUUGAAAUGAUUACAAAGAAACUUGUUAGUUGACUUAUUGUGUGUUUGCUGUGUAUUUAAGAAGACUAAUAUAUAUAUUCAGAUCCUGUAGACUUUACAUGAGGAGGUUUGUUAUAUUAAAGGCAAAUACUGUAGAGGAGUUUGUGGUGUUAAUGUGCUGCGUGAGUUGAAUGUUCAUCAUGUUUUCUUGUAACAUUUGAUUUUGCUGCUUUGUAAACUCAUCAUUCCAGAGCUCCAAUAUGACCUUCAUAAUAAUUCACUCUUGAACUGAAAUGCAGAAAAGAUUCAUCGUCCCGUCUGCUUGACAACAUUUUUAACAUCAUCAUAACAACUUUAUUAAAGAUUGUUUAAAUAUG